AUGUCUGCUCAGGGCAGCUUGCUGCCCAUCGACGUCGACGACGCGCCGGGGAGCUCCUCAGCUCGCAUCCAGGAGCCGGUGGGGCUGGGGCAGUCGCCGCCGGAUGCCACGGCCGCGGCGGCGCCGCGCGGAGUCAGCGUUAAGGUUGAGCCUAGCGAUGGACAGACGACGCCUGGUGAUGGCGGCGCCCCUGUCGACCGGAGGGCUCUUAGCCGUACGAUGGACAUUCUGGCCAUGGGGAAGCGGCUGCGGAGCCAAGUCGCCACCGAGUUGGUGGUGGCUGCCGCCGGCGUCCCGGGGGGCUUGCCGGGCCAUGGCGUCGCUUCCCCAUCCGUGUUACCGGCCGUCGCGCCGGCGCCGGCUGUACCGGCUAACGCCGCCACCGACGCUGCCGCUGCCCCUGGCUAUGUCGCUCCGACUCCGACGUUCCUCCUGCCAGAGCUCACGCCACCACCUCUCAUGCUUCCGCCGUUGCCGCCGGCGCUGUUUGCCCCGUCAGUGCCCCCAGGUUUUUCUGUCUUGGGCAAUCCAUCGAACUUCAAUUUUCCGAUUCCACCACCUCCGAUGCCAUUAUUGCCACCUCCGUUGCCACCGGCGGGAUGUUCCACCUUCGCCACAUCCUCGAGCUUGAUGACACCUCUGCUGCUUCCGGCGCCACUACCGUUUGCGCCGUCGCCGGCCGUCUUUUCCCUCUUCGGCAACGGCAAUUCCUCGAGCUCGAACACUUCGAUGCCACCACCUCCACCUCCGCCGCCGUCGUCGUCCGACUGUUCCGACGUGUUGGGCCGCCCAUUUUCAUUCUUGGAUCUUUUGAGGAAGGGUGAUAGUGGUAAGCCUCCCGCCGACUCGCAGCCGGAGCCCAACGUCGCGGCUCCAAAGGCAGCGGCUUUGGGAGAGUACGGCCGGGACCUGACAGCCACCGCCGGGAUGGACCCCGUGCUCGGCCGAGACGACGUCAUUGACCACGUCGUCUGCAUACUCUGCCGGCGCAUCAAGAACAGCGUCGUCCUCGUCGGCGAGCCGGGGGUCGGGAAGACGGCCAUCGCCGAGGGGCUGGCACAGCGCAUCGCGGCGGGGACCGUCCCCGCCCCGCUCGCCAGCGCUCGCGUCGUGGAGGUCGACCUCGGCGCCAUCGUCGCCGGGACGCAGUUCCGCGGCAUGUUCGAGGAGCGCAUGAGGGACGUGAUCAGGGAGGCGGAGGAGUCCGCCGGCAAGGUGGUGCUCUUCAUCGACGAGCUGCACAUGCUGGUCGGCGCCGGCCAGGGCGGCAUGGGCGCCAUGGACGGCGCGAACCUUCUCAAGCCGGCGCUGGCGCGCAGCCGCGUCCGGUGCGUCGGCGCCACGACGUUCGAGGAGUACGGCAAGUACAUCGAGAACGACGGCGCGUUCGAGCGGCGCUUCCAGAAGGUGCUCGUCGAGGAGCCAAGCGUGGCGGCCACCAUCGCUAUACUGGAGGGGCUCAAGACCAAAUUAGAAGAGCACCAUGAAAUCAAGAUACAGGACGAUGCUCUUAUAGCGGCUGUGCACCUCGCCAAUCGAUAUGUUACUGGUCGUCGAUUCCCUGAUAAGGCAAUCAAUCUUAUCGACGAAGCAUGCGCCACCGCAAAAAUGCAAGGAUAUAAGCAGUUGAAUGGGAACAAUGAGCAGCAUAACAUUGAAAAUGCUGUAAGGGAAGCAACAGAAGUUACCUCAGAUCAAGUGGCACAGGUUGUGAACCGGUGGACUGGCAUUCCUGUCGGUACACUUGGCAAAGAGGAGAAACAAAAGCUACUGGGCCUAGCUGACAGAUUGCGUGAGCGUGUUGUUGGCCAGGACGAAGCCGUAAACCUGGUUGCAGAAGCAGUCAUAAGAUCGAGGGCUGGCCUUGAUGAUCAGUCAGGCGAACCAGUAGGCUCGUUCCUCUUCUUGGGCUCCACUGGUGUUGGCAAGACAGAGCUUGCAAAGGCUCUUGCAGAGCAGCUCUUUGGCACUGAGGAGAUGCUGCUCCGGUUCAACAUGUCUGAAUUUGUCGGUGCUAAUGCAGUGAUGCGUCUUAUUGGAGAACACCCCAGCGUCCAUGGUCAAAUUUUAAAUCAAGAUGGUGGACAGUUGACAGAAAAGGUUAGGAUGCGCCCUUACAGUGUCAUCCUUUUUGGUGAAGUGGAGAAGGCGGAUCCCUCGGUGUUCAACGUGUUUCUUCAGCUCCUCGAUGAUGGCGUGUUGACUGAUGGCAAAGGGAGGACAGUAGAUUUCAAGAACACCAUAAUCAUUAUGACUUCAAAUCUGGGAGCAGAGCACCUAAUCGGAGGAGUGACUGGUGAAAUAACAAUGGAAGCUGCAAGGGACCUUGUCAUGAAACAGGUUCAGAAGUUUUUCAAGCCUGAACUUCUCAAUAGACUGAAUGAGAUUGUCAUAUUUGAGCCGCUUUCGCAUGACAAACUUAAGGAGGUCGUUAAAAUUCAGAUGAAGAGUGUCGUUGAUAGUGUGACAGCCAAGGGCGUAUCUCUACUUGCAAGUGAUGAUGCUUUGGACCUCAUUUUGUCUGAAUCAUACAACCCAAUGUACGGUGCAAGACCCAUAAGGAGGUGGGUGCAGAAGAAUGUGAUGACAAAGCUCUCUGAAAUGCUUAUUACAGGAGAGGCUGAAAAGGGCUCAACUAUCUCCAUUGAUGCUACCGACGACAAGAAGGGGCUAGUCUUUCAGGUAUCGAAGAAGGCAGUUGAUCUGCGAGGCAAGAAGCCAGUCGAGGAUCUUCCGAGCGACUCGGAUAGCGACGACGACGUGGUCGAGAUCUUCCCCGUACCAAAGAGAAGGAAAGGUGAUUAG